GAUUAGCUCAACAGUGUCGAGCUGAUCUGAAAGUCCAACAAAAUAGGUCCAGGAAGCCCUCUCUAGAGCAUAUUAUUGGUAUCCUGUCAUGUAACCUUAUGGACAUUUAUUUAUUGCGUCGUUUCGUGUCCACCGGAGGCCCGCGGGCUGGGACAAAUGUGGACGCCGACGAGAGAGGAGGGCUGUCUGCGUCUGUGUCAACAUUGCCGGGGAUGAAAUGGUCGUGUUUUUUCUGAAUUUCACUCUAACGGUUAGAUCCAGGCACCAUUAAACUUUCAAAAUGAGGAUCUUCGUGUCUCUUCUGAAAAACACUAACCCCAAAAUCGAGUAUUACUCCAGAUUUUCUCCGUCCCCGCUUUCCAUUAAGCAGUUUUUGGAUUUUGGCACGAACAAUGCGUGUGAGAAAACAUCCUAUAUGUUCCUGCGUAAGGAGCUGCCUGUGCGGCUUGCCAACACCAUGAGAGAAGUCAACCUGUUACCUGAUAACCUGCUCGGUCAGCCCUCCGUUAGACUGGUCCAAAAAUGGUACAUGCAGAGUUUUGUGGAGCUGCUGGAUUAUGAGAAUCGAAAGCCAGAGGACCCUCACGCUCUGAAUGAUUUCCUGGAGCUCUUGAUCGAGAUCCGUAACCGCCACAAUGACGUGGUUCCCACCAUGGCUCAGGGAGUCAUCGAGUACAAGGAGAGGUUUGGCUUUGACCCCUUCAUCAGCAGCAACAUCCAAUAUUUCCUUGACCGCUUUUACACCAAUCGCAUCUCUUUCCGCAUGCUCAUCAACCAGCACACUCUCCUGUUUGGUAAUGACACCAACCCUGCUCACCCGAAACACAUAGGCAGUAUUGAUCCUAACUGCAGUGUGGCUGAAGUCGUCAGUGAUGCCUAUGACACAGCCAAGAUGCUGUGUGAGAAGUACUACUUGGCUGCUCCUGAACUCAAGAUUGAAGAGUUCAACAUGAAGGCCCCUAAAAAGCCCAUCCAGGUGGUGUAUGUGCCCUCUCAUCUGUUCCACAUGCUGUUUGAGCUCUUCAAGAACUCAAUGAGGGCCACUGUGGAGCUCCAUGAGAACAGUAAAGAGGGAUUGCCACCAGUAAAGGCAAAAGUCACUCUGGGUAAAGAGGAUCUCUCCGUAAAGAUCAGUGACAGAGGAGGAGGAGUUCCUCUGAGGAAGAUAGACCGUCUGUUUAACUACAUGUAUUCCACUGCCCCUACACCAAGCCUGGAGCCAGGAGCUGUCCCCCUGGCCGGUUUUGGCUAUGGUUUACCAAUUUCUAGGCUCUAUGCCCGAUACUUCCAGGGGGAUCUGAAACUCUACUCCAUGGAGGGUGUUGGCACGGAUGCUGUCAUCUAUCUGAAGGCCCUGUCCAGCGAGUCCUUCGAACGCCUGCCUGUCUUCAACAAGUCAGCGUGGCGGCAUUACAAGACCAGCCCUGAGGCAGAUGACUGGAGUAACCCCAGCAAAGAGCCACGUGAUGCCACUCCAUCUGAUGUGAAAAGAAAGGAGUUUAGAUGAAGAAUUUUGAGAGACGCUUCCGUAUGGAGAGUUUCCUCAUCCUGUAGGUUCUUCGCUUUUCAGCCACACUGUAAGAUUUCAUCACUGCCAAUGCCUUUGUGACCUGCCAGUCUCACUGAGUGAUGCUCAGUGACAAACCUGCUAUAAAGGAAGUGUUUUGUUAUAGGCUUGAGACAACAGUCUUGUUCAUUUAAAGGCCUCAGUUCAGUAAAAUAGUCAUAAUGACAUCUAACAGCUAGCGAUCACUUCCUUGAUUUAGAGGCCCAAAGAUCUUCCACCUUCAGUAGUUGUCAACCUUUACUGUUAAAGAAUGUCUCUGUACCUAUGGUAUUUUAGAAAAUAUUGUAUAUAACUAUGAAUAAUGUCUAUGCUGUAUAUGCAGCCAGCGUGAAGUGAUGGCUCUGUUUUACUGUUCCUCCAGCUUAAAACAAUGUAUUUGUAUGCAUGAACUCCUCACUGUGGAGGCAGUCAUGCAAAGAUAUGCAAAUAGUACAAAAUCAACACACACCAAAAAGGUGAUAAAACAGUCUAAUAAUGUGAUUCAGCAUGAAAUCAACUUACAAUACCUAUUGUCAAACCUGACAAUAAAGAAAAUUGCUGUUGUGUGUAA